GUAGGCUUAUUACUCUGCUGGUAUAAAAAGCAGGUGAGGACUUUAUUAACUGCAGUUACUGAGAAAUCACACGACGAAGCUAAAAUCCCUCUUCAGAUCUACAGUCAACUGCCCUGAACACAUCCUGCAAAAAGCCCAGAAAAAGGAGAGCCAUGGAUUCCUACAGAAAAUAUGCAGCUAUCAUUCUGGUCACUUUGUCGGUGUUUCUGCAUAUUCUCCAUUCCCUUCCUGAUGGCGAGUUUACAGGGCAGGAGUGCCCGGAAUGCAAGCUAAAGGAAAACAAAUACUUCUCCAAGAUGGGUUUCCUAGUACGUCAGUGCAUGGGCUGCUGCUUCUCUAGAGCAUAUCCCACUCCGUUAAGGUCCCAGAAGACAAUGUUGGUUUCAAAAAACGUCACCUCAGAGUCCUCUUGCUGUGUAGCUAAAGCAUAUACCAAGGCCACCAUAAUGGGGGACAUCAAAGUGGAGAACCACACGGAGUGCCACUGCAGUACUUGUUAUCAUCACAAAUUUUAAACGUUUUGCCAAGUGCUGUUGUGAUGACUGCUGAUUUUCUGGAAUGGAUGAUUAAGUUGUUCAGUGUUUAUGGCUUUGUGAGAUUAAAACCCUCUUUUCCUUACCAUAUCGCUUUGACACGCUUCAAGGAUGUACUGCAGCUUUAUUGCCUUUCUCUUUAUCCCACAGUGGAAUCAGUAGUCCAGUUCUUUUCAUUUGGAAUGAAUACAGUAUUUAGCUCGUUCCCCUGCAAAUAAAGCCUUUUAAAUCAUCAUUCA